CUCUCUGUGAGCUGUCGGGCUUCAGAAGUCUAGUCAGCCCAGUCAAGAGCUUCCUGCAACUAGGAGGGAAUGAGCGCCUCGCUCUGCCCAGGGCUUGAAAAGCUGUUGCUCACAGCUGCCCGCCCAUAGCCAUGACACACUUCUUGUACUUGACUCCAGAAAUCCUGCUUCCCUUUAGCCCUCUCACUUCUACAGAGUUCGAACUGAUCAGACGCAAGGCCCAACAACUGUGGCAGGAUGAGACACGGUGGUCUGCUUCUUCCAUGACAACCUACUCAGGGAGUUACCGGGAAAAGCAACUGGACGAGGCCACCUGCAACCGGCUGGCCCAGAGAGUAGGCCAGCCGCAGUUUGAGUACAAACCAACACCAUUGCCAGGCAGCUCUGCCUACAACACUCUACCCGGCCACGCUGGUUCCCAAGAGGCUGCAGAUGGCAAAGGAAGACUCCCUGAUAUAGCAAGCCCCUCCAGGGACAGCCCACUGAACAUCAAGCACAAAGUGGCACAUCAGAUUUGGGGUUCUGAAGUCCCUUGUCCAACAUUUCUAGCUUACAGAGGUCUCCGUAUGUCCCCCUGUAUGCAGCCCAAAAAGCCAGGCUUUGAGCUCCUCAUGAGUUACAGGAACAGAGGGAAGGCCCUGCUGAAACGGCUUCAGCGACAAUGGGAUUAUGAAAGCAAGUUGGGCUCCUCGGAGGACUCAGGGACGGAUCGAUUCUCCUCCAAUACCAGUGGAAGCUCAGGGCGCAAAUUCAAGUGAUUUCAAGAAAGAAGCCACAGACCUAGAGCCCUACCUCGUGUCUGUGUUAAGCCAUUGAGACAGGAGUUCCAAGAAGGCUUUGAUGGAUUGUGCACAUAGGGAAGAUCUUGCUAGAAACUUCCCUGGGCUUCCUCCCUUAUUCUUGUGUGUGUGCGCGCGCACACACGCACGUGUGUUGAUGGGGAAGGGGUUUGUCAUAAACAUGAUUAAUGUUCCUUUA